AAGAAAUCAAAAAAAUUAUUUUAGUCUGGUGCAGAAGCUGAAGAAGCACUCUGUAAGUGGCAAGGUGAAGUGUGAGAAAGUGUAUUUUUUUAUUUUAACUGAUGUUUAAUUCUGCUGGCUCUGUUACCAAUUUUUGUUUCUAGAACGUUACAAAAGGAAUUAACGAGCAAAGACAGUUACCUGGUGCUAAGCUCAAUUCUCCAUUUCCCAAUGCCUUUGUCAUUCAUGUCUCUGUAUCUCCCCCAGCAGUUAAUCCAGACUUGCACGUGUAAGAGUGAAAAGGAAACAUCCAUGUCAGGGGCGUGGUCCUAAAAAACCUACAGUAGGUACAAGACAAAACACAUUCGAGAAUAAGAUGUACUUCAGUAUAACAUUAUUAUUACUCAUACAUUACAGAUUUUGAUUGCUGCAGUAAUAAAAAGUCUAUCCAAAAUCAGAAAAGCAAUGGCAUUCAUAUUCUACGUAGACUGGAUACGGAGACUAUGAAAAAGUGCAAACCAUGAGACUGGAUGAAAACCCAAAUGAAUAGUUCAUUUUCAGAUGAAUUAGGCUGUAUCACAGAUGCAACAGAUGAGGAACACGACGACUUACCUUAUGAUGGAGAUGUAGGAAUAACCUGUAAACACAGUAAAAAUUUCUACAAUUUGAAUGAUUGUACUUGUACAAAAGAUACAUCUGUUAUUUUAAAUUUUGACUCUUCUGAAGGUAACAAAAACAUAAAAGGAACAGCAAAUUAUGAAACUUGUCCACAGCCUGAAGAAUUCUGCAGUUGCCACAGAGGUGCCACAGGAACAAUGGGAAUUUCAGUUGAAAUGCCUGGAAGUGAAGCUUCCUUUAAGAAGGAAUUACCUGUUUGUAGUUUUAGUAAACUAGAUGGCAAAGAAUAUCUAACUCACUCAAAAAUGUCCAAUGUCCUUUUGCGUCAUUUUUCUAAGGGUGAGUUAAUGAGCACAUGCCAGUUAAUCGAACGUGAGACAAUACCAGAGACAUCCUUUACUGAAAGUAUUGAUGACACUGUGGGCAAACCUGAGCCUUCAGAACACGUCAAAGACCCUUCGGUGCAGGAACAAUGGGGAACUAACUUUGAAGAGUAUCACUUAGAAAAACACAAGGAAGUAAACACCCAUAAUAAAAAUCAAAAUUUUCUAAACAAAAAGAUAUGUGUUCCUAAGAAACCCAUUUCUUACACUGUUAUGUGUGGCUGCAGACAAGAAAAUUCACAACUGAUUGGCGAAAAAGAAGAUACACACAUCUUGCAAAACACGAAAGAAGAGAGCGCCCUGUUUAAGAAAACAGUCUCACCUUGCGAGCUCAAAUAUGGCCAAGGUCAAGGUCACUACUGCCUUCCUGAUGUCUCCAAAGUUGCUUCAGAAGUUAAAGUACCAAAAAGAAGUGACAACAUUAACUCAGUUCCUACCAUUGAAAGAGCAAAAUCCUUCCCUAUUUUGCAAAGUAAAUCAGUAAUUGUGAAAAACGUUCUAGAAAAUAAGAACCAUUCUGUACAGAACAGAAAAGAAAUAAGCAUUCCAGAACUGCUGCAACAGCUAAAGCAAAUUGUUCAAGAUGUAACAAGUUUUAAUAGUUUUCCCUACUAUUUCCUGGCUGCAAACAAGAUGCUGACACAGCAUGCUGACACCCAGAAUCACACUGACCACCUGAGAUUGAAUCCCAAGAUACUUCCUCAGUCAGAUUUUCCAAAUGCCAGCACUGCCAUUUACUCAAAAGACGCUGGGACAUCCUCUGAAGUCUUUACGUUACAUGCUCCUAUACAAUCUACACAUGGAUCAGAGUCUGGAACAGCAGCAUUGGCAUUACCAGCAGCUGGUACAAUAGAAGCAGGCUGUCGAAAUCCUCCUUAUUUACUGCCAGAACUAACACUAGGAGAAAAGAUGUCUCAAGUACUAAAGGAUCAGACAGAUCAACUGCUAAAAAAAGUGGAAGACUUUUCUAACCAUAUGACCCAAGAGACAUUCCUUUUACAAGACCACUAUCUGGAAUUAAAUCAAUUGAAAAAAUACCUUGAUGCCUUGGAAAGGAAUUACUUAACAGCUAGAGAAGAGCAUCGUAACUUACAGCUGCAGAACUACAAGGACAAGUCUGUCAACAUUGGAGAGUUUGAUCCUGAAAGAGAAGUGGAAGGGGAAAUAUUCAGACUUGGCAUGGUGCUCGAAGACAUCCAGGAACAAAGUGAUGACAGCCAAUUCAACUUGUCAUCUUUGCUUACUUCCUGCAAAUCUGCCAAUUCAUCGUACUCUCCUUGUGAGAGCUCGGUAGUUUCAAGCAUUGCUGACCCUCCAGGAAGAAGAGGUACUGAAACUGCAUUUCUUCACAAGAACAAGGAGGGAGGAGAAAGUCAGACAACUGAUGUAAUCCCAGAGACAAAUCAAUUUUCUUUAGAAGGCAACAAGUGCAAUCUUUGUCUUCGCAUGUUACAAAAGAGAGCUGAAUCAACCUCCACAAGAGAAACAGAGCCUCUGAGAAAAGGAGGUCUGCUAGCAAACAAGCAUUCUUCCAACAUAAUGAGAUUCCUUUCACCUGAGGAAAAACACGCUGCUGAAGGUCUUGCAUCCCAUAGUUGGGGUACAUCAACUCAAAAAUUUAAUGCUGAUGAAGAAAGUAUGAAAAGAAAUACAAACAUCCAGGAAAGCAAAACUGGAACAUGUUCACUCCUCAUUCAGAGAAAACCAACUGAUUUAUCAGAUACCAACCUGAGCAGCGAUUCAGAAGACACCUCAGCCUACGAUUCUUAUAACUAUUCACAGAGCAAGGAACUUGUGAACUGCGAGACUAAAAGUUACAAAACAUUCAAUACAAGACUACAUGGAGACAGAAGAGGACUUAGGUGCAGAUGCCAUAGAGGAAGCAGAGAUCAAUUUAAACUCAGGAAUUACGAAGAGGCUGUUCAGUCUUGUGCCUUAUGCAGAAAUAAAAGGUUUGGUUCAUCCUCUUAUUCACAAAAAAGAAUCUCCACUCAAAAAGCUCAGAAAAAUAAGCAGCCAUGCGAACCUGUAAACAGACCUUCUGAAAGGCAAAACUUUGAAGCUGUCAAAACCUACUAUUCAAGCACAUACGAUAAAGUUACCCUUUCACACCAAUACUUACCCAGCAAGAAGUCUGCCCAAAGGAAACCCGCAGUCAACAUCAGAAACGCCAGUGACUCCAAUACAAAUAUUUUAACUUCUACUCUGGAUCAUGCCAUACAGACAGCAAACAGUUUGAAGAAAGCUACAGAACGAAUGGUACGAGUAGUUUCAGAAGAUCUAGCUAAAGUUAAAAGAAAACAGCUUUAAUUACUCAGUUUCCAAUGUUAUCAUUUUGCUGGUUGAUACUGAAGUGUCAGUAUAUCUGCAGAUACAAGAUGAUAAAUACAAAGAUCAGAAAGUCAGCUAGCUGACUUUGUCAGCUGUUCCCUAACUAUCAGUACUAAACCAAACCAAAGCAUAUUAGUAUUCCACAUGUUUAUAUUCAUUUUCAAAACUAGGAACAAAUUACUAAUUCCACUGAAAGUCUUCAGUACGUUAGCUAGCCCUGCUACUGUGUACGGCUAUUCUCUAAGCAUUCACUUAAGACUUAAUAAAAGUUAGCUUAAACAAGCGAA